AUGUAAUAGACUUAAUAAAAUUGGUAAGGAAAACAAAUAAAUGCAGCAACAACAGACAAUCCUAACAGAAACUAUAAGAUAGAGAGUGUCUUAGGAUCAGGCUCCUAAGGCUCAGUCUAUUUAGGCAAACACAUUAUGAACUCUUUCUAACAAAAUAAUGUCGCAAUUAAAAUCCAAUAAUUUAUGAGCGAAUAAGAAAUUCAAUUUUUAAAGAGCUUAAUUCAAUAUCAAAAACAAUAUGAAAACAACAAACAAAAUGCACAAAGUUAUAAUCCUUCAUAGAUAGUAAAAAUAUUUGACUUCUUUCAAUAUAAUGAAUUUUGGAUUAUAGUUAUGGAAUUAGGCACAUAAGAUCUUUACAAAUUUAUUUCAUAGAAACAAUAGCUCCCAAUUUAAUAAUUAGGAUAGGUUUUAAAAUAAAUUACGAAAUCUAUUGCAUUUUUACACGAAAACUAACUGUUACAUCGAGACAUUAAGCCGGAAAAUUACAUUUUAAUUGGGGAUGAAUAUAAAUUAAUUGAUUUUGGCUUGGUCACCACUCAAUUUAGAUCCAAAACUACUAAUGUUGGAACUGUGUUAUAUUAAGCACCUGAACUUAUUACUAACGAAAAUAAUUACACAUAAACUAUUGAUAUUUGGUCGUUAGGGUGCUUAUUUUAUGAAAUAUUGUCUGGAUAAACUUUGAUUUAUGGAGUUAAUUAAGACUAAGUAUAAAAAAUGAUUUUGGCUCAUAGAUAAGAUUGUAAUGCAAUUAAUCUAAGAAUAAAUUCAUUAAGUUGCAACAAAGAGAUAAAAGACAUGAUUAUUCGUAUGCUGGAUCCUAAUCCUCCUAAUCGAUUAUAAUGUCAAUAAGUUAUGGAAAUUUUAGAUUCCAAAUUUUGUUUAUAAAAGUUUCCAAUAAUUAAUAAUUUUCAACCAUAAGUAAAUAUCAUGAAAGCCUAAUAUAAUUAAUUCCCCAUUGUUCAAUAUUAACAAACACAAUAAUAAUAACAAGGAAUUCCAAUGUAAUUUAAUCAAUAAAACUAAUAAUUAUCCUCACAUUCAUAAUCGCUAGUGGAAAUAUAAAAAUAACUGGCAUUAUAGUAAACCUUAUUAGAAAGCAUUACAACUAAUUUUACUCUCCUUGGCGCAAUAGUAUAGGAUUCCAAAUAAAUAAUGAAUGAAAUUUAAAAAGGGUAAGAGUAAUAAAAAUUUGAAAUUAAUCAAAUUAAAAAUGAUUUAAAAGCUGAAAUUCAAAAUAUUUUUGUUGAUAAAUUAGAGUCUUAUUAAAAUAAUAUCAUUUCUAAAUUAGAUAAAUUUUAAGAAGAACAACAAGUAACAAUGAUUGAUUAAUAACAAGAGUUACUUUUUUAAAACAAAGAUUUCAUUAUAUAAAUUUAAUAGUCUAUUACUAAUUCAUUAUAGGUUUAAGAGGAAUUUUAAAAACUAAUUAAGGAAUCUUUGAAUAAUCAAGAAUAAUUAAAAAUAUUAAGUAAAGAAUCUUUGGAUAAUCAAGAAUAAUUAAAAAUAAUAAGUAAAGAAUCUUUGGAUAAUCAAGAAUAAUUAAAAAUAUUAAGUAAAGAAUCUUUGGAUAAGCAAGAAUAAUUAAAAAUAUUAAGUAAAGAAUCUUUGGAUAAUCAAGAAUAAUUAAAAAUAUUAAGUAAAGAAUCUUUGGAUAAUCAAGAAUAAUUAAAAAUAUUAAGUAAAGAAUCUUUGGAUAAUCAAGAAUAAUUAAAAAUAUUAAGUAAAGAAUCUUUGGAUAAGCAAGAAUAAUUAAAAAUAAUAAGUAAAGAAUCUUUGGAUAAUCAAGAAUAAUUAAAAAUAAUAAGUAAAGAAUCUUUGGAUAAUCAAGAAUAAUUAAAAAUAUUAAGUAAAGAAUCUUUGGAUAAGCAAGAAUAAUUAAAAAUAAUAAGUAAAGAAUCUUUGGAUAAUCAAGAAUAAUUAAAAAUAAUAAGUAAAGAAUCUUUGGAUAAUCAAGAAUAAUUAAAAAUAUUAAGUAAAGAAUCUUUGGAUAAGCAAGAAUAAUAAAUAAUAAUUAGUAAAUUAUCUUUGGAGGAUAACUCUAAAGAACUAAAAGAAUAUAAUGAAAAGCUAAACUAAAAUUAUGAUUAGAUUUAAAAAGAAAUAUAAUAAAUUACAAAACAACUUCAACUAAGUCAGCAUCUAGAUAAUUUUAACCCAAAAAGUGAAGAAAAUAUAAAAUAGGAGAAGUUAAAUUAAUAAUAAAAUCAAAAUAAUCAUCCUCCUAUAUAUAAUCAGGAUCGCGAGCUAACUUAUAUUCCAUCAUUAUCACAAUAAAAAUUACUACUAGGUACUAAAACAUUCUAACAGAUAAACAAUAAUAAAAAAAAAAAAAACAAAUAUCAAGUAGAAAACAAUAAUAAUUAAGAUGAUGAAACUCAAAAGAAUUGA